AUGGAGGCUUCACAUCACCGCAAAAUUGAGCUGCAAGCACCCGAAGACUUUGCCUACCUCGUCGACAAUGUCCGCCGCGCUGCCGCCGAUAGUGUCGCGGCCGCGUUUCCGCCUGUUGCCAACGAUGACGACAAUGACAAGAAGAACGGCAAGAACGGAAAAAAAAAGAAGCGCGUCGACGAAGGCGACGACCUACACGCGCGCGUCGAGGUUUUGGUGAAUGAGCAGUACAUCCGUCGAGCGUUUGCACUCGCGGCGCCCAACCUCACAAUUAACGGUCUGCCCGUCGACCCGGCGCCCUUUUGGGACGAUGACGACGAUGACGACGACGAAACGGCAGCCGGUUCCAAGUCCAAGAAGGGCAAGAAGGGCAAGAAGAACCAGGCACCUGUCGAGGAGACCGAGCCAUUCGACACCCGCAAACGGCAGCGCGUCGAAGACCUGUCGCGCGACGAGGAAGACCUGUUGCGGGACAUUGCGCUACUGAAACGGCGCGUGCCCGCCGCGGCGGUGCGUGCUCGCGAGCAAGCGUUGGCAGGGCAGCUGGCGGCAGACGACGCAGCCGCGGCGGCGCUGCAAGAAGUUCUGCAGCAACAACAAGACGAGGCUGCUGCUGCCGCUCGGGAAGAAGCAGAAGCCGAGGCGGCGAACAACACGACGUCAUCGAACGCAGCGUCCUUUUCACAAGCUGUCGCUGGUUUGGGCCGGUUAAAGCAGGCAAUGCCGGCGACGGUGGCGCGUAUGGAGCGUGCACGCAUCGCCAGUGAUUAUGCUGUAGCAGAACGGUAA